GAUUUAAAUAGCUGGCUACCCAUUACUGCUUCCAGGAAAGCUAAAUGGUGGUAUUCAACUUUUCACAAUGUAACCGCUAUGGUGGGUGCUGGAGUACUUGGCUUACCCUUUGCAAUGUCGCACCUUGGAUGGAUUCCUGGAGUGUUUACAAUACUUGCGUCAUGGUUGAUAACUUUAUAUUCAUUGUGGCAAAUGGUUGAAAUGCAUGAAAUUGUGCCUGGAAAGCGAUUUGAUCGAUAUUCAGAGUUGGGAGAGCAUGUUUUUGGGCCAAAAUUGGGCUACUGGAUUGUGAUGCCUCAACAAAUGUUGGUUCAGGUGGCAUCAGAUAUUGUGUAUAUGGUCACUGGAGGAAAAUCACUCCUCAAAGUUUUUGAGCUAAUUAAUCCCUCUCUAUUCGAGGGUACUAGACUAACAUAUUUCAUCCUUAUCUUCCUUGCUCUUCAUCUUGUCCUCUCGCAAAUUCCUAAUUUCAAUUCUCUCAAAGGAGUCUCCCUCCUCGCUGCUAUCAUGUCUGUCAGCUAUUCAACUUUGGCUUGUGUGACAUCAAUAAUCAGAGGAACCACUCAUCAUCCACCAAGAUAUGGAGUUCGAUCUCACACAGAAGCUGGGAAAUUUUUUGACGCCGUGAGUGCACUUGGAACAAUAGCAUUUGCGUUUGCAGGACACAGUGUAGUAUUGGAAAUUCAAGCCACGAUUCCAUCAACUCCUGAAAAACCUUCAAAGAAACCAAUGUGGUGGGGUGUUCUUGCUGCUUAUGCUAUUGUUGCCUGGUGUUAUUUUUCUGUCGCCAUUUCCGGCUACUGGGCCUUCGGUCAAUUUGUAGCGGAUGAUGUUCUCAUUUCUCUGAAAAAACCUGCUUGGCUCAUUGCCAUUUCUAAUUUCAUGGUGUUCAUUCAUGUUGUAGGAAGUUACCAGGUCUUCGCCAUGCCGGUUUUCGACUUACUUGAAUCAAAUCUGGUAAAACACUUACAUUGUACUCCUGGGAGAACUCUUCGUAUCUUUGCUCGUAGUACAUAUGUUGCUUUUACAGCAUUUGUUGCGAUCUGUAUUCCGUUUUUUGGAGGACUGCUAGGGUUCUUUGGGGGACUUGUAUUUUCAUCAACAUCAUAUUUUAUUCCUUGCAUCAUGUGGCUUAUUCUUAAGAAACCCAAGAGAUGGAGCUUUCAUUGGAUUGCAUCCUGGAUUUCUAUCAUUGUUGGUGUGACAAUAGUUAUUCUUGCACCAAUGGGAGGAAUGAGACAAAUUAUCCUAUCAUCAAAGUCCUACAAAAUGUUCUCAUAG